AUGUAAUCCAACCGGUUUAUCCCAAUACCCUAACCGGUCCAUCCGGUUUCCUAACCCUCGGUUUAUUAUUCCCGUCAUCAACUCCCUUGACUCGGUUCUCAUUCAAUUGCCGCUCUCUCCCAGAAAAGCAAUUCAAAAGAAUUGCAAGUUGUGAUUUGUGAGAAAAAUGUCAUCAAAUUUGGAACCAAUACCAAUAACAUCACAAAAACAUGACCCAGCAUGGAAACAUUGUCAAAUGUUUAAGAAUGGUGAAAGGGUACAAUUGAAGUGUAUAUAUUGUGGAAAAAUAUUUAAAGGUGGUGGGAUUCAUAGGAUUAAGGAACAUUUAGCUGGUCAUAAGGGUAAUGCUGCUACUUGUCUGCGUGUCCCGUCCGAUGUUCGUGUUUUGAUGCAAGAAAGUUUAGAUGGGGUUGUGGUAAAGAAAAGGAAAAAACAAAAGAUUGCAGAGGAGAUAACGAAUGUUAAUCAGGUUUCUACCGAGAUACAGGCGUAUGCUGAUCAGGUUGACACUAAUACUGGAUUGCUUAUGAUUGAAAAAUCUGAUACACUUGAGCCUAGUUCGAGUUUGUUAGUUAAUCAGGAAGGAACAAGUAAUGUUGCUGGGGAGAGGAGAAAGAGGGGAAGAGGUAAAAGUUUGCCUGCGGAGGCUAAUGCCCUUAGUUUUGUCCCGGUUGAGUUAGGUGCAAGGAGAGUAAAUAAUCAUGUACAUAUGGCAAUAGGGAGAUUUUUGUUUGAUAUUGGUGCAACUAUGGAUGCAGUUAAUUCAGUUUAUUUCCAGCCAAUGGUUGAUGCUAUUGUCUCGGGAGGAUCUGGGGCACUAAUGCCUUCAUGUAAUGAUCUUCAGGGUUGGAUAUUGAGGAAAUUGGUGGAGGAAGUGAAGAGUGAAAAUGAUAAAGUAAUGGCGGCAUGGGUAAGGACUGGUUGUUCUAUUCUGGUCAACCAAUGGAACACUCAAACAGGUCGAAUCUUGCUAAACUUUUUGGUGUAUUGUCCUGAAGGAACAGUGUUUUUGAAACCUAUAGAUGCUUCUAGUGUAAUCAAUUCCUCGGAUGCUUUGUAUGAAUUGCUUAAGCAAGUGGUGGAAGAAGUUGGAUCUAAGCAUGUCUUGCAAGUGAUCACGAAUGGCGAGGAACAAUAUAUUGUUGCUGGGAGGAGGUUAGUUGAAACUUUCCCUACUCUGUAUUGGGCUCCUUGUGCAGCUCAUUGUGUAGACUUGAUACUUGAGGAUUUUGCAAAGCUUGAAUGGAUCAAUGCAAUAAUUGAGCAAGCUAGAUCUAUUACGAAAUUUAUCUAUAAUCAUAGUGUGGUCUUGAAUAUGGUAAGACGGUAUACUUUUGGCAAUGAUAUUGUUGAACCAGCAGCCACUCGCUCAGCUACAAACUUUACAACAUUGACUCGGAUGGUUGAUCUUAAAAACAACUUGCAGGCCAUGGUUACUUCACAGCAGUGGGUAGACUGCCCAUAUUCAAAGAAACCAGGGGGACUGGCGAUGUUGGAUUUGGUGAGUAAUCAGUCAUUUUGGUCCUCUUGUGUUCUGAUUGUUCGGUUAACCAAUCCUCUUCUUCGAGUUCUGAGAAUGGUUGGCAGCAAGAAGAGGCCUGCAAUGGGAUAUGUUUAUGCUGGCAUGUAUCGAGCAAAAGAAACAAUUAAGAAAGAAUUAGUCAAGAGGAAUGAAUAUAUGGUCUAUUGGAAUAUUAUAGAUCACUGGUGGGAACAACAAUGGCACCAUCCUCUUCAUGCUGCUGGUUUCUACCUUAACCCCAGGUUCUUUUAUAGCAUGGAAGGAGACAUGCCUAAUGAGAUGCUAUCAGGGAUGCUUGAUUGUAUAGAGAAAUUGAUUCCUGAUGUAACAGUUCAAGAUAAAAUCACCAAGGAGAUAAACUCAUACAAGAAUUCCGUUGGAGAUUUUGGGAGGAAGAUGGCAGUUAGAGCUAGAGACACUUUACUCCCUGUUGAAUGGUGGUCAACAUAUGGAGGAAGUUGCCCAAAUUUGGCUCGUUUGGCUAUCCGUGUCCUUAGUCAGACUUGCAGUACUCUUGGGCUUAAGCAUGAUCACAUUCCUUUUGAAAAAUUGCAUGAAACAAGGAAUUGCUUAGAGCAGCAGCGGCUCCGAGACCUCAUAUUUGUUCAAUGCAACUUGCAAUUAAGACAAAUAGGUUAUGAGAGCAAGCAACAUGAUUCUAUGCAGCCCUUGUCAUCUGAGUCUGCCUCUAUCGUGGAAGACUGGGUCACAGGAAUUGACGCAUUUUUGGAUGACGAUACCUAUCCGGAUUGGACAACACUUGAGACACUUUCUGUGAACACAAUGCCUUUAAGACCUGGUGAUGAAGUGGAAGAGUUAGGUGCAGGUUUUAAUGAUCAUGAGAUUUUCAAUAGAAUGAAAGAGGGUGACAAUGAAAAAGCUGAAGAUAAUGUAGUAAGCUAGUCGAAGACAAGACCAUUUCUAAUCUUGAUAAUCCUAGAUGGUGACUGAUGGCAAAUAAUGUAAAUUAGUGUAAUAACUAAUGACUAGAUUUAUAGGAACUGCUCUACCAUUCUGUUAAGAAAAGAGUAGAAACAUCAGAGAAUUAGAUUUUUAGUCAGGAUUUGACAAUAUGUAACAAUUUUUAUCAAUUCAUGGUUAGAAUAUUAGAAAGUUUUAAGCA